AGAGUUUCAGAAAGAGCACUGGACCAUUUACUACGAUUUUGAGGAACGAUGGCAUAUUGCCACUGCCUUGCUGGCUUGUUUGGUACAUCGUACGUUGAGACACAAAAUUGUGUGUUUUUGCACAUACAUACAUAUAUAUAAAAGUAGUUGCUAGUGGCUGUUUUUUUUGACUGUGGGAGAAGUAGAGGUCUUAAGAGUUUGAGAACUGAGAAGAGAUGGGUGGUGUUGCAUGGACAGAAGAAGAAGAUCACUUGCUCAAGAAAUGCAUACAACAAUAUGGAGAAGGAAAGUGGCAUCGUGUUCCUUUACUGGCUGGUUUAAACAGGUGCCGGAAGAGUUGUAGGCUAAGAUGGCUGAACUAUCUCCGUCCUAACAUCAAGAGAGGAAAUUUUGCGGAGGAAGAAGUGGAAAUGAUAAUCAAACUCCAUAAAUUACUAGGCAACAGAUGGUCGUUGAUUGCAGGAAGGCUACCAGGAAGGACUGCCAAUGAUGUGAAAAACUAUUGGAACUGUCAUCUGAGCAAAAAACUAAAUGUAAUAGAAGCUGAAGAUAGACCAAUAACAAGAGAUGUUCAAGUCAUUAGGCCCCAGCCUAGGAACAUUGUUGGUUCAAGCUCAGUGAAAAGAAGGGGUCAAAAUGAGUCUCCAACUGACAAAGGAGUUCAACAAGAGAGUAGCAUGUCCUCACUGACGUUUGAUACUGCUGAUGGACAGAACCAUAUGCUUGAUUCACAACAAGACAACAACAUAUAUGCAUGCCUGGACCAACAGGGCAUUGUUAGUGAGUUGUCAAUGGAUUUUCAGUUCGAAGGAUUUGGAGCAAUGAUGAAUGGGGAGGGUAGUAGCAGCCAAUGGGAUUGGGGUGAUUUGCUCUUAGACAUGGACUUGUACAAGUGAAUUAAUUUUCUUCUUAGUUAUUGCUCCUGUUGAUGUGGGGAUGGCAAUGUUGGUCUCAUACCUUGGCUACGUAUCAAUAUCGAAGUUAAGUGUUUCGAUGGAAAUGGUAGCUAAGUUGGUUGUGUAUCAUGGGUAUGUCAUAAUCAUAAUUAAGAUCUAGUGGGUUUCAUCUUUUGACCACUGUAGAUGGUCCAUCUCACUACCAUGAGCCAUUUAUAAAAUCAUCUUCAGUCAAACAUGGUUAUGCCCA